CGAGAUGGGACGAAUAAGUAGACUUGAUUUCCAACGAUCAUUACGACCGCUAGUAAUACCGAUCGUCCUUGCCCUCCUUGCUGGUAAGGUCAGUGCGGAAGAGGUUACUUGCCAGAAAGGAGGCAUUUGUGUACCCAGCUAUCUGUGCGAAAAUGGAACAGUGAACACGUCUGGCACAGGGUUGAUCGACAUCCGCAUCGGCGACGAUUCCAUUUGUCCAGAACCUCUGGUAUGCUGUUAUUCAUUGGAUAGUGCAAAUUCGGUAGAACCCGAUGAUACCCAGUGCGAAGGAAAAUGUGUUGUACCAGAACAGUGUUUAGAUGCUUUCGGCGGAUUAGGCGUCAUAAAUUUAAGAUUCAUGAGUAGUAUGUGCCCAGAAAAUCAGGUCUGCUGUAAAAAUCUUGUGGUAGUGUGCGAUGGAUUUUGUAUUUCUCCGGAACAAUGUGUAGAUGAUGAAGGCGGCAUUAAUUUAAGGAUUUCCGGCAAGGGUUGUCCUGAUAAUCAGAUUUGCUGCAGCAGUACAAAAUCGCCUCAAUUGACCAGUUCUAUCUGCAAGGGCAGUUGUGUUAAUCCCCGACAAUGUUCCAGUGCGGUAUUUGCAGAAGGUUUAAUCAAUUUAAGGUUUUCCGAUGGAUGUUCAGACAAUCAAGUAUGCUGUCCUAGCGUUAUUAAGAACGAAUGUGAUGGAGUUUGUACAACCUCUGAUCAAUGUGAAGAUAAUGCUAAUGGGUUUAACUUGCGAUUCGCUGACGAAUAUUGCCCCAGUAAUCAAAUAUGCUGCACCAAACUUAAAUCCCUACAGGGACUUCCCAAUGAAAAACCACCAGAAUGUAAUGGAAAGUGUGUCUUACCCAGCCAGUGUCAACCCGGAAAUAUUGCACAAGAUUUGAUAAAUUUAAGAUUCUCUGAUAGCGGUUGCCCGUUUAAUCAAGUUUGUUGUCAGAGUCCAGAAAAAACUAUAUUUUGUGACGGAGUGUGUGUUCCUUAUCAACUAUGUGUUCAACUUCAGAGUCAAACUCAGCAUAAAACUAUUGACUUAAGAUUCUCUGAUCAAAGUUGCCCAGCGAAUCAAGUAUGCUGUCAGAACAUAGAGACCGCUCCAAAAUACUCGUGUGAUGGAAACUGCGUUCCAUUGGGUAGAUGUCCUAAAUUAAGAAUGACCAGUUUAAUAGAUCUCCGAUUUUCGAGUACGGAAUGUCCUAGUAAUCAAGUGUGUUGCAAAAAAUCACAAUCUGUGCCAUUGUGCAGUGGUGUCUGCAUAGCUCCGGAAGAAUGUGCAGAUACUGUAACAAUUACUAACUAUAUUAGUUAUAUGAUUGGUGACGAUAGCUGCCCUGUUAACACUAUGUGCUGUAAGAAACCGAAGCAAAAUAAUCAUAGGUUUCUCAGUGUGACAUCAACUGAUAUGAUUAUACCAGAUAGUGUUAGUUGCACUUGCGUACCAAUUCAACAGUGCCCAGAUGUGACAACUGGUCAAAAUCUGAUAAAUCUCAGAAUCACAAAGUCAAAGUGUCCCAUUAAUCAGAUCUGUUGUAAGAAUCCAGCAAAAUCAACAUGUGAAGGAACGUGUACCGCUUUUGAGCAAUGUCAAGAACCUAUAGUCGGUAUCAACUUAAGAACGCAUGAUCUAAGCUGCCCGGAAAACCAAAUCUGCUGUAAACAAACUAGAACCCCUAUACUCGCUGCUGAGCACAAUGCAAUCUCAACCUGCAACGGCACCUGCGUACUAAUUCAACAAUGUCCAGAGAUAUCAUUAUCAAAAGAAAUAAUUAAUCUUAGAUUUAAUGAAGAGAGAUGCCCUGUAGGUCAAGUAUGCUGCAGUAAUCCAAAUAUUCCGGGAUAUUGUGAUGGGUCCUGCGUACCGAACAGUGAGUGCAUCGAUCAACCAUUUAUUGAUGUAAUCCAUUCUGGAUGCCCGGUGAAUCAAAUAUGUUGCAGACAUAUCAAACCACUUCCUGUCGGCAUGGGAAUACCUUCUUCUUGCAAAGGAAGCUGCGUUCCUGUUCAAAGCUGUCCGUAUUUUGAUCGAAGCAAGAAUCUGAUUAACUUAAGACUGACUAUAGAUGGUUGCCCUAGCAACCAGAUUUGCUGUCAAACUGCAUUUCAGCCCAACGUUUGUGAUGGAAUGUGCACUUCGUAUAAGAACUGUGACGAUAAUGUAACUGGUUCUCUGCUUAUAGAUUUACGUGACUCAGAGGGAAUCUGUCCAAGCAGUCAAAUUUGUUGUAAAAAAUUGAAACAAUUUAAAAUUGAGCCAUCGGCUGUUGAUGUUACACAGAAGUUGCCGAAAUGUGAAGGCCGGUGCGUUCCUUUUCAACAGUGCCCCGAAUAUACACUUGACAAAAACACUGUUAACCUCAGAAAUGCAGCUGAAAAUUGUCCACCGAACGAAAUCUGUUGAAA